AAAAGUUUAAUCAGAGCGGUAAACAAUAUUUUGAUAUCUAUUUUGUAGGAUUUUUAAUUUUCAAUUUGCGUAAAUACGAUGUCAUUCAUGUGUUUAAUAAAGAAAAUAAACAAUUAAUAUAUGAUUAAAGGCACAUCGACCAAACAUCAUUUUCGUUGACUUAUAUGUUCGGAAGGAGUGGAAGGAGAAGAAGAAUUAAAAUAGUUUUAACACUUUGUCAUAAUGGACACUAAAUUGUUUUUGAAUAAACGGACAUCUGUAAGUAUGGAAAAACGAAAAUCUGUUGAAAAAUUAAUUAUGCCGCCAAUUGCUAAAUCAACAACCCGAAAACUAAGUUCAUCAAACGCUCAACAUAUAUUUGGAGAUAAUAAGCAUUUUCGAUCUCUAGGAGGCAGGGUAAAGAAUCUUAUCCGAUUCAACAAAGCCUUUGGAACAACGGAAAAGGAAGAGGAUGAUAUUAUCACAUCUGAUAAACUUCUACCAUCGGAACCCCGAUUUUCUACGUCACUGUCGCCUGCAGCACAGUUCGCCAUGAUGAAAGGAUAUGAAGAUAUGGUGUACGACAAUAUCUGUAAAUAUUAUCCAGCAAGUAAAGUAUUUCUAAAAAGGAAUAAAACGUCACCGAAAGGCUAUAUUGAUUUAAACAAUGUAAACUUGGCAGAAAACAAUGCAAACCAUGACGUCACUCAAAAGUCUGACAAUGGUUCACAGAAUUCUGGAAACAAUUCUGAUAAACAUGCUGAACAUGAAUUAAAAGAGCAAAAUGAGCUCGAGAAAAUUAUCGACACAAAUGAAAAUAUUGUGAAUCUAGAACUCAAUCCAAUAAAAAGGCAAAAUUCACAAAUGGAAAUGAAACCUGUUGGAUCUGUGCAAACUUUAAGACCAAACAGCUUUCCCCUUAUCAGUAAGCCUGGUGUACCUCGGGAAAAAAGACUUGUUUUAUCACAUCGUCUACAAAGUGCCAUGGACAUAUUAGAUACAGUCAGAGGGAACUUCGGUUGUCAUUCUAUCUCUCCAAGAAUCAAAGGUUAUCCCAGGAAAAUUAAACCCGUCUCCGACUUCAAUCAAUGGUCGACUAUAUGGUCUGAUGAGUUUAAAAUCAACAGGUUUGGUAAGAAAUAAAAACAAUAUUGAUCCAAAGUGAAAACAUCUAUAUGUGUUGUAUUGACUUUUUAAGACGGUGAUUUCAAUCAUUUAAUUUGGAAAUAAAUUGUAAUUAUAAAUGUAAAUUAAAAGUUCAAUAAUUUAAUUUUA